GUAAAUGGCCAAGACCUAAAGAACCUGCUGCACCAGGAUGCUGUAGACCUCUUUCGUAAUGCAGGCUAUGCUGUGUCCCUGAGAGUGCAACACAGGUUACAGGUGCAGAAUGGACCUAUAGGACAUCGAGGUGAAGGGGACCCGAGUGGUAUUCCCAUAUUUAUGGUGCUGGUGCCAGUGUUUGCCCUCACCAUGGUAGCAGCCUGGGCCUUCAUGAAAUACCGGCAAUAACUCUGAAGAACUUGCUUUCUUUCAGUGUUCCCAGUGAAGAUACAUUUCUCCUCCCCUCCUCCCCUGCCAUUCUCCCAUAUCUUUUCCUCUCUGCAUAGCCAAGAUGUGAUUUAAAAUGACUGCUACCAACCCUGAACUUUGUUGUUGAAAAUCUUCAAAUCUUCAUAUUCUAAUGGAAAAGUAAAGGUAUUGUUUGAAGGAAAGCUGAAGAAAAAACUUGCUUAGAACAAAUGAGGAGUUAUAUAUUAUAGAAAUUCAGCUACUACCCAAAGAGGGAAAGGUCCAGUCUUCCUGUUACCAUAGGUGACACCUUUUUUCUUAGCUGACAUGCCUUAAAGGCCAGCUGUGUGAUAUUAGAGGAAGAGAGGAUUUUUCUUUUUAAUGAUCUUUCUUGGAAAGUUUUUGUGGCCUUUAUUUAAUUUCUAACUACAUACCUGGUGCCUAUAUCAGAGAAAGGAGAAUGAGAAGAGCAUUUUUACUUUUUUUAAAAAGCAAAUACAUA